AUGAGGUCAGUUCACAUAUCGAGUGCUGCUUCACGUUCUGGAAAUCCUCCAACAGAUAAGGAAUUUAGUGUUGAGACCUGCAUCAUUCAAGCUGACUUCACGAAGCUGGAUAUCUACGAGGGGAUAAAAGAAAAGCUAGCGAGCCUGGGCAUCGGAGUGCUGGUGAACAACGUGGGAAUGGCAAUUAAUAUUUCACCCUUCUUAGACGUCCCCGGAGGGGAAAUGACGUACCAGGACAUGCUCCUUGUCAACAACCUGUCCAUGAUCCGGAUGAUCCACAUGGUCCUCCUUGGUCAAGAAAAGAAAGGGGAUUCUCAUCAAUGUUUCCUCUCUUUCUGCCCUCUACCCUUCUCCUUUCCUGGCAACCUACGCGGCAGGGAAGGUUUAUUUUGGACAACCUUUACAAAAAAGCCAUCUGAGGCAUAA